GGCCGGCCAACAGAACGUGAGCUCAGAGGAAAUUGGAAAUCAAAAGCCAAUCGAUGAGCUCCUCGUCGAAACUAAGCUUCACGGCCUCGUCACCCCUGACGUCCUCCAAAGGUCUCCCUUCAUCUAUCGCUUUCACUUCCCACAAAAAUCCCAGUACAAGAAUCCCAGCUCGUUCUGCCGUUUUCACUCCUCCAAGCUCUCUUCAAUCCCGAGCUGCUCCUUGCUUCUGCAACCCCGUAUCUGCUCGUAAAGGUCGGACCUUUAGCGCCAGAGCUUCUCUUUCUGCGACCAUGGCUACUGGAGUGAAGGAGGUUCUUCCCCCAGCACUCACAUCUACCUCAGACCCACCACCGGUUUUCGAUGGAACCACGAGGUUGUACAUAUCUUACACUUGCCCGUUCGCUCAACGCGUGUGGAUUACCAGAAAUUGUAAGGGAUUGCAGGAUCAGAUCAAGUUGGUCCCUAUUGAUCUGCAGGACAGGCCUGCUUGGUACAAGGAAAAAGUGAACCCUGGCAACAAGGUGCCAUCGCUGGAGCACAACAAUGAGGUCAAGGUUGAGAGUCUUGAUCUGAUCAAGUACAUCGAGGAAAACUUUGAAGGUCCUUCGCUGCUGCCUGAUGAUCCUGUCAAGAGAGAGUUUGCAGAAGAGCUCUACUCAUACAUGGACACUUUCACCAAGUCCGUCUUUGGAACAUUCAGGGGAGAAGGGGAUGAUAAAGCCGCUGCUGCUUUUGAUGAACUUGAGAAGGCUCUAUCCAAGUUUGAUGAUGGACCUUUCUUCCUUGGCCAGUUUAGUUUGGUGGAUAUAGCAUAUGCUCCAUUUAUCGAAAGAUUUGGGCCAUAUCUUCUAGAGGUGAAAAAGAUCAACAUUACCGAGGGCAGGCCCAAGCUGGCUUCUUGGAUUGAGGAAAUGGAGAAGAACGAGGCUUAUACUCAAACUCGCAGUGACCCAAAGGAACUGAUGGAAAAAUACAAGAAGCGAUUCGGGGGUUCGCUCUGAUCAGUCUUCCAAAGAACCCAAGGAUAGAAGCCAUACCCAUCUUUCGAACAUGCUUCGUUUGUGUACUUGUGAGACCUUACAGUAUUCGUAUCUGGUAGUACAUGUAAUUUCUUAUGAAUAAGGUGAGAGUAAUGUAUUAUUGUAAAGGAGUCUGCCUUAGAGCUCCUCUGAAGUGUAAGACGAGUAAGCCCUUUUUCAUAUGCUAUGUAGUAGGGUGCUUAUCCAUAAGCUGUUCCUGCAGAAGCUUGGCACCACCAGCUUGAAAUUUAUCAUCAAUGGUUAUACUGAGGAGCCGUAACAGCCGGAAAUUUCUCGCUCAUGAAACCUAUUCAAUGUGUUAAAUGUAUUAGCCAGAAAUUUCUCGCUCAGGAAACCCAUUCAAUAUAUUAAUGUAUUGCCGUGC